AUGGCCCCCAAGCCCAAAUUAAAAAACGACAUGGAAUCAGAACCCAAACCCAUCAAGAACCUCGAGGCUGAGAACCAGACCAACAGCUCCAUAACCCUGAGCUGGGAAGUCCCUGACGACCCAGACACUACGGGCUACAUCUACCGGGUCAACUGGACCGAACCAGAUGGCAAAGAUGAGACCAAAAAUUGCACAAACACCACAUACAGGGUGGAUGACCUGCAGCCCGCAACUCAGUACACUUUCUGGGUGUCGGCGGUGAAAAACACUCAGGAGAGCACAGCGGAGAACAUCACUGCGUCCACAAACCCCAGCCCUGCCAGGAACCUCACGGCUGGGAGCCAGAACACCAGCUCUGUCACUCUCAGCUGGGAAGAACCCGAGGGCCCGAAGAAUGCAACCUACACCUACCGGGUCAACUGGAUCCCAACGGAUGGCACAAAUGGGACCCAAAACUGCAUGAAAACCCCGUUUAUAGUAGAGGGCCUGCAGCCCGCGACUCAGUAUAAUUUCUGUGUGUUUGUGUUGAGCAACGAUCAUGAGAGCACAGCGGAGAACGCCACUGCAUCCACAGCUCCCAAUGAGGUCAUGAAUCUCCGCAACGAAACACGAACCAACAACUCGAUCACGCUGCACUGGGAGGCCCCCAGUGACCCCCACGCUCAGCUCUACAGGUACCGGGUCCAGUGGGCCAGUGGGGCACAGUACCAGCAGGAGCAAACAAAUGGCACCUCCUAUAGGGUAGAGGGCCUCGAACCCGGCACUCUGUACAUUCUCGGCGUGAGGGCAGAGAGGAACAAUGUCACCAGCGCCACACGGAGCCUCAGAGCAUCCACAGCCCCAGACCCCGUCCGCAUCUCCUCCUGCACCAGUGCCUCUGGGGGCCACGGGCUGGCCCUGACCUGUCUAUGUCCCCGGGGCGGCUUUGAGACCUUCCUGCUGGAGGUUAACGGGCAGCGGAUCUCCCUGGACAAUUCCUCCUGCAUGAGGGAAGUGGCCGUGUGGGGACUGCAGCCGGCUCGCUCCUACGUCGCCAGCGUCCAGACCUUCUGGGAUGGGAUGGUGGCUCCAGGGCCCUCUGUGACCUGUCACACCUCGAGUGUAGGGGUGAUCGCUGGAUCCGUGAUUGGGGUACUCCUGGCCAUCACCCUGGUGGGUGUCCUGCUGUUCUUCCUGAAGCGCAGGAGGAGUGAGAAACAACCAGGAGAUGUGGGCACCAGUUUGCUGUGUUGGUGCCAACCAGGAGACAUCCGUGCUGCAGACUUUGCUGAGCAUGUGAGGAGAAAGGAGAAGGACAGCAACUGGGGCUUCGCAGAGGAUUACCAGCUCUUGGAGCAGGAGGACCAGCCCCAGCCGCUUCAGACGGUGGCCUUGGCUCCCGAAAACCAGAGCAAGAACCGAUACAGAAACGUGCUGCCUUAUGACUGUGCUCGCGUACCCCUGAAGCCGCUCCCUGGGGAACCAGGCUCUGACUACAUCAAUGCCAGCUUCAUACCUGGUCUCUGGGAAGCCCAGGAGUUCAUCGCCACGCAGGGCCCCCUGCCCCACACCGUGGGGGAUUUCUGGCGUCUGGUUUGGGAGCAGCAGAGCCACACCGUGGUCAUGCUGACCAACUGCAUGGAGUCGGGCCGGGUGAAGUGUGAGCAUUACUGGCCAUUGGACGCCCAGCCCUGUACCCAUGGGCACCUCCAAGUGACGCUGGAGCACGAGGAUGUGAAGGAGAACUGGACCAUCAGGACUCUGAAGCUGCGCCAUAUGCCGGAGCAGAAGACGCUGCAGGUGCAGCAGUUUCAUUACAUGACGUGGCCGGACCACGGCGUGCCCCACUGCCCGGACCCCUUCCUGACCUUCAGGAAGCUCUUCCGCGAGAGGCUGGAACGUUGCUCUCUGGGUGGCCUGCCCGUCGUGCACUGCAGUGAUGGCGUGGGCCGCACGGGCACCUUCAUUGCUCUGGAUGUCCUGCUGCGGCAGCUGGAGUGUGAGGGUUGCGUGGGGCCCUUCCAGUAUGUGAAGAAGAUGAGGGGAAGCCGGCCGCUGAUGGUGCAGACUGAGGCCCAGUACAUGUUCCUGCACCAGUGCAUCCUGCGCUUUCUCGAACAGUCUUCGCCCAUCGAGGACGAGGGCUUGUACGAGGAUAUGAUGUAUGAAAACGUGGGUGCCCUGUAGCCCAUGGAGAUGGAG